UGUGAUGUCACAGCUAACACUGCAGAAUAUCUUCUGUUCUUGCUGCUGCUGCACAUGGGAUUGCCAGAGCUACAUCCAGCACCUGCCAGGCUGCUCAGCUCUUCUUGCUCUGUGGAGAAGACAGUACAGUGCAGUUGUUCCUUCCAUGGAGUCCCCACACCCUCAGUGCAGUGGUUGGUGGAAGAUGCCCCUAUGGGCAUGAGGAAGGUGAAUAGUGGCCUCCAGGUGACUUCCACCACUCUCGGCCCCUGGGCCAACAGCACCAUUCACCUGAUCAAGGAUCCAAACACAGGCACAAGCAUUCUCUGUGAGGGCAAGAACGCAAAUGGGACUCACGCCUUGAGCAUCCUCCUGAUGUCACGAAGGAGUCCUCAGGCUCCGGGGGCCUUCCUGAAAGGGAUGAUCCAGGGUGUUGUCUAUGGAGCCAUUGUGAUCACGCUGAUAUUCCUCUGUCUCUUCCCCAUCAUACUAAAAUGUAUCAAAACGAAGCCAAAGAAGAAAGCUGCAAUGAUUGAAUCACAGAGGAGCCCGGAAGUGAAAAGAAGCCACAUUUCUAAGAGGUCUUUGAGGCCAGAGGCACCAGGAAAGUUGAUGCUUACCUCAUCUGAAUGCUGGGUCUUGGCAAGUCGAGAUAAACUGAAUCCUGUGGAGACAGAAACACACGUGAACUUCCCAUUAUCCUCAGACUUACAAGAGUCUACAAAAACUAUAGAGAUCCCAGAAACUCUGGUGCCCUUGAAGUCUCAAAUCUCAAAGCCCUCUCCACCUCCUCCUCUUCCUCACACUGCUUCUCCAUUGCAUAUGAGUUACCCUGGGAUGCCCUUGUCCUUGGAGAACCUUUGAAGAUAAAUUCUAUGGUUUAUUGUUGGAGCUGGCCACAAGAAGCAUGACACACU